AUCAGAUUCUACAGCCAACAGGCCCGUGCCUCGGCACAGAGGCGAUCUAUACUCAAACUAUGCGUGAAUUCAGGACUACCAGGCACUUUUUCAGACUUCCAGAGGUCCUUCCACCACUCCAUGCAUCGCAUGGACAAGAUGGACCUCCAGGAUUUUGAGUUCAUAAAGGAAGAUAGGGUGGCAAAUGGCCCUGACAUCGGGUCUCCUUUGCCUUUUGAUAGAAGGAGACACAGUGAGUCCUUUGGACAAUUGGUGAGGGCCAAUAGAAUGGUUAGAGAUGAAGAAGCGAUAGAUCAGCACUCCCAUCACAUCAAGAAAUCAGUUCCUCCCACCAGAGAUGGUGCCCAAAAUGCCGGCUACAUAGAAGCCAUGUCCACAUUCAGAAAUGAAGACGGUUCGUUUAUCAAAGGAAGAAACGCAGAAGAAGCUAGAUUGCACGACUGGACCUUAGAAGGUAGAGUUGAAAAGGGUGUGGCACGUUUACCUUACGAGAUUGCUAAAGUGAUCGGAAACAAUAUAUUAAGCACUGCCCUUCCAGACAAGUUGAGAGAGAGAGCAGCCACCAUUUAUCAGAGUCUUCUGAAGGAGCAAAUACAGAAGGCCCCAGAUACUGCCCUUGAUUGCGAUGCUCACAUAGCUGCAUUAUUUUUACAAAACUAUUCGCAUGCCCACCAAGUGCUUUUGGAGCUCCAAAAGAGGGUUGGUGUUGACAAGUUCAACCCCCAACGUAUAUUGGAUGUGGGUUACGGCCCCGCGACGGGAAUAGUGGCGUUGAACGAAAUAAUGGGCGAUGAGUGGGUCCCUGAAGAAAAAGAAGCCUAUGUGGUUGGUAGAAAAAACCACCAAAUGAAAAAGAGAGCUAAGAUCAUUUUGUCUCGUCAACUUAACGAGAACUUUUCAGAAGUGGAGGUUCCUGACGAAGAUGUAUCUGAAGAAGUGCAUGCACAGGAGUCUAAAGUUGAAAAGAAUGAGGUAGUGGAGGAAGAAGAAGAGGGAGAGGAUCCCAAUGCCACGGAUGAUUACGUUGGACCAAUUAAAACCAAUAAUAUUCAGAUAAGAACAAGAUUGAGAGAUAGUUUACCCGUGACCAAGAAAUAUGAUUUGAUCAUGGUAAAUCAAGCAUUGUUGACCCGGGAAUUUAACUUCCCCAAAGAUAUCGACACCAACAUUCAUCUCUUGUUGAGAUUGUUGAGUCCAGAGGGACACUUGGUAUUGAUAGAAAGAGGUAAUGCUCUCGGUUUCGAGACGAUUGCUAGAGCCAGACAGAUUAUGAUCAGACCAGAAGCUUACGAAAAUGAGGUUGGAAAAAUCCCUAGACCUUACAUUAAGGGAUCAUCGAUCAAGCCACAGAAGUUGAAGAAGGAAGAUCAAAUGAUCUCGGAUGAAGAUCUUGAAUACGAAAAACAGCUUCUUGAACAAUACGAGCUGGAGGAAUUGCAAGAGGGCCUUGAACUUGAGAAUGAGUUGAACGAAAAGUUUGGUGAACCAACUGAGCAGGAAUUGAAAUUCGAAGUUGAAGAUAAUGAAGACUUCGAAGUCAUCUCGCUCGAGGAUGCCCAAAACUCAGGCUUAAGUUCUGAAAGUGUGAAUUACCAUAUCAGUGUCAUCGCACCUUGUCCACACCACAGAAAGUGUCCAUUGCAAUUGGGCGAUCCAAAGUAUUAUAAGAUUCCUUCACACAAACAUCGGUUGAACUUCUGCUCCUUCAACAAGGUUGUAGAGAGACCUAAGUUCACCAUGGAGUUGAAGAAGGGAAGAAGAUUGGCAACUGCCUGGGACAAGACUGCAGAAGAUGGGUUCGGGUUAGACGGUCUUUCUAAGGGUACUUUGAAGAAACUCGAGGGAAGUGGUAGACCCGGAGGAAGAAACACUGAAAGUGGAUCCUUCUCUUACCUUAUUGUCCAAAGAAGCAAGAAUGAUGUAACAUCGAUCAAAAAAAUAGACAAGGACAGAGAUUACAACAACUACGACUUGAGAAACGAGACAGAUAUCAAUACAUGGCCCAGAAUCCUCGAUACCCCAUCCAAGGUCAAGAACAAUGUCAAGUUGAACGUGUGUGCCCCCUCGGGAAAUGUCGAAAACUGGCAGGUUCCAAAGAGUUUGGGUAAACAGGUUUAUCACGAUGCUAGAAAGGUCGACCGAGGAGAUUUGUGGCCGUUGGGCAAGAAGAGUGUGCAAGUCAAGAAUGCUCUCUCCGACAAGGUCAGGGAGAAGUUGGAGGUGUUGUCCAAGACCCAGAAGAAAACGUUCUUGAAGGAGCAGAGAAAGAAGAAGUGGAAGAAGAUCACCAGCACCACCGAGGAGGCAUUUGAGGACGAGCUCUAUACCGUUUCCGAUGCCAUUGCUGCCGAAAUGGAGCAGUCUAAGAAGUACCGGUCCCAAGGAAAAAGGGCCAAUUUUGACAUCGAUCCCACCACCUUGGAUGGCAAUUAAUAGUACAAAUUCGGUGCCAAUGUCUGUAAGAAAAGUAUGCGAUCUGUCUGGGACCACGGAGUCAUUUUGCAUUACGGAUUUGUCUGACUCAAAAGGAAAGUUUUUACGUCAAUGUGGCGCAAAUGUGUAUAUAGGGCAGCAUUGGGAGUAACGUUCCCUCUAGUGUAUAUAGGCCACAGGGGAGGGCAUAACUCCUCUAUGUAUAUAGUGCAAAUACAAAGGGAAAUUUACCCAA